AUGGCGCGCGCGCGGGCGUCCGCGUCGAGCGAGACGGCGAAAACGGUCGCGUCGUUCGCGAACACGACGAGUGAGGACGGUGCGCGGGCGUUUAAGCGCGCGAAGAAGUCGUGUGAGCUCGCAGGGAAAGUUGUCGAGCGCGCGGCGACGGACGACUCGGGCUCGGGGCGGUCGAAUGCGAUCGUGCGAGAUUCCGCGCACGCGCUCGUGAGCAACGUACGAAAGAGUGUUGAGUCGAACGCGCGCGCGGUGGAGAUACGAGCGCGCGAGACGGAGGAUGGGGAUGAUUGA